AAAAGAAAAGAAAAAAAAGAAAAAAAAAAAGGAGGAGGAGGAGGAGGGUGAGAGAGAAGCUGGGAGAGCAGAGAAAAGGGGCCACCGGUCGCCCCCCCGCUUCCCCGCACGCGCUCUCCAGCCGCGGCCGCCCGCCUGCCGCGGUCACCCCGGCCUCUGCCUCUGUCCCCCAGUGAUCGGAUCAAGGCGCUGAGCGAGGCCCUGCCUGCGGGGCGGCCAUGCGGCGGUGACAGGAGCGCGGCCGACACGCACGGGCCCCUCGCCCCCUCUCGCCUCCCACCCGCUCGCCAGCUCCCCUCAGCCGAGGCUGCUCCGCGGCGGCCGCAAAGCGCGCGCGGCCCACACUCGCCUCCCCUCGGCACCCCCGGCCCCGGCGCUGCCUGGAGGCGGCCGCACUCGGGGAUCAUGGCCCAAGUUGCAAUGUCCACCCUGCCCGUUGAAGAUGAGGAGUCCUCAGAGAGCAGGAUGGUGGUGACAUUCCUCAUGUCAGCUCUCGAGUCCAUGUGUAAAGAAUUGGCCAAGUCCAAAGCCGAAGUGGCCUGCAUUGCAGUGUAUGAAACAGACGUGUUUGUCGUCGGAACUGAAAGAGGACGUGCUUUUGUCAAUACCAGAAAGGAUUUUCAAAAAGAUUUUGUAAAAUAUUGUGUUGAAGAAGAAGAAAAAGCGGCAGAGAUGCAUAAAAUGAAAUCUACAACCCAGGCAAAUCGGAUGAGUGUAGAUGCUGUAGAAAUUGAAACACUUAGAAAAACAGUUGAGGACUAUUUCUGCUUUUGCUAUGGGAAAGCUUUAGGCAAAUCCACAGUGGUACCUGUACCAUAUGAGAAGAUGCUGCGAGACCAGUCGGCUGUGGUAGUGCAGGGGCUUCCGGAAGGCGUUGCCUUUAAACACCCCGAGAACUAUGAUCUUGCAACCCUGAAAUGGAUUUUGGAGAACAAAGCAGGGAUUUCAUUCAUCAUUAAGAGACCUUUCUUAGAGCCAAAGAAGCAUCUAGGUGGUCGUGUGAUGGUAACAGAUGCUGACAGGUCGAUACUAUCUCCAGGUGGAAGUUGUGGUCCCAUCAAAGUGAAAACUGAACCCACAGAAGAUUCUGGCAUUUCCCUGGAAAUGGCAGCUGUGACGGUAAAGGAAGAAUCAGAAGAUCCUGAUUAUUAUCAAUAUAACAUUCAAGGAAGCCAUCAUUCUUCAGAGGGCAAUGAAGGCACAGAAAUGGAAGUACCAGCAGAAGAUUCUACUCAACAUGUCCCUUCAGAAACAAGUGAGGACCCUGAAGUUGAGGUGACUAUUGAAGAUGAUGAUUAUUCUCCACCUUCUAAGAGACCAAAGACCAAUGAGCUACCACAGCCGCCAGUCCCGGAACCCGCCAAUGCUGGGAAGCGGAAAGUGAGGGAGUUCAACUUUGAGAAAUGGAAUGCUCGCAUCACUGAUCUACGUAAACAAGUUGAAGAAUUGUUUGAAAGGAAAUAUGCUCAAGCCAUAAAAGCCAAAGGUCCGGUGACGAUCCCAUACCCUCUUUUCCAGUCUCAUGUUGAAGACCUUUAUGUAGAAGGACUUCCUGAAGGAAUUCCUUUUAGAAGGCCAUCUACUUAUGGAAUUCCUCGCCUUGAGAGGAUAUUACUUGCAAAGGAAAGGAUUCGUUUUGUGAUUAAGAAACAUGAGCUUCUGAAUUCAACACGUGAAGAUUUACAGCUUGAUAAACCAGCUUCAGGAGUAAAGGAAGAAUGGUAUGCCAGAAUCACUAAAUUAAGAAAGAUGGUGGAUCAACUUUUCUGCAAAAAAUUUGCGGAAGCCUUGGGGAGCACUGAAGCCAAGGCUGUACCGUACCAAAAAUUUGAGGCACACCCGAAUGAUCUGUAUGUGGAAGGACUGCCAGAAAACAUUCCUUUCAGAAGUCCCUCAUGGUAUGGAAUCCCAAGGCUGGAAAAAAUCAUUCAAGUGGGCAAUCGAAUUAAAUUUGUUAUUAAAAGACCAGAACUUCUGACUCACAGUACCACUGAAGUUACUCAGCCAAGAACAAAUACACCAGUCAAAGAAGAUUGGAAUGUCAGAAUUACCAAGCUACGGAAGCAAGUGGAAGAGAUUUUUAAUUUGAAAUUUGCUCAAGCUCUUGGACUCACCGAGGCAGUGAAAGUACCGUAUCCCGUGUUUGAAUCAAACCCGGAGUUCUUGUAUGUGGAAGGCUUGCCAGAGGGGAUUCCCUUCCGAAGCCCUACCUGGUUUGGAAUUCCACGACUUGAAAGGAUCGUCCGCGGGAGUAAUAAAAUCAAGUUCGUUGUUAAAAAACCUGAACUAGUUAUUUCCUACUUGCCUCCUGGGAUGGCUAGUAAAAUAAACACUAAAGCUUUGCAGUCCCCCAAAAGACCACGAAGUCCUGGGAGUAAUUCAAAGGUUCCCGAAAUUGAGGUCACUGUGGAAGGCCCUAAUAACAACAAUCCUCAAACCUCAGCUGUUCGAACCCCUACCCAGACUAAUGGUUCUAACGUUCCCUUCAAGCCACGAGGGAGAGAGUUUUCCUUUGAGGCCUGGAAUGCCAAGAUCACGGACCUAAAACAGAAAGUUGAAAAUCUCUUCAAUGAGAAGUGCGGGGAAGCUCUUGGCCUUAAACAAGCCGUGAAGGUGCCGUUCGCAUUAUUUGAGUCUUUCCCGGAAGACUUUUACGUGGAAGGCUUACCUGAGGGCGUGCCAUUCCGAAGACCAUCGACUUUUGGCAUUCCAAGGCUGGAGAAGAUACUCAGAAACAAAGCCAAAAUUAAAUUCAUCAUUAAAAAGCCCGAAAUGUUUGAGACGGCGAUUAAGGAGAGCACCUCCUCUAAGAGCCCUCCCAGAAAAAUAAAUUCAUCACCCAACGUUAAUACUACUGCCUCAGGUGUAGAAGACCUUAACAUCAUUCAGGUGACAAUUCCAGAUGAUGAUAAUGAAAGACUCUCGAAAGUUGAAAAAGCUAGACAGCUAAGAGAACAAGUGAAUGACCUCUUUAGUCGGAAAUUUGGUGAAGCCAUUGGUAUGGGUUUUCCUGUGAAAGUUCCCUACAGGAAAAUCACAAUUAACCCUGGCUGUGUGGUGGUUGACGGCAUGCCCCCGGGGGUGUCCUUCAAAGCCCCCAGCUACCUGGAAAUCAGCUCCAUGAGAAGGAUCUUAGAUUCUGCCGAGUUUAUCAAAUUCACGGUCAUUAGACCAUUUCCAGGACUUGUGAUAAAUAACCAGCUGGUUGAUCAGAGUGAGUCAGAAGGCCCCGUGAUACAAGAAUCAGCUGAACCAAGCCAGUUGGAAGUUCCAGCCACAGAAGAAAUAAAAGAGACUGAUGGAAGCUCUCAGAUCAAGCAAGAACCAGACCCCACGUGGUAGACCUCUUCCCUCCUAGGGUAAAUCAGCUUCUGUGUCAGGGAUGCCGUGUGGUGUCCACUGAACCCCCUGCAUAUGCGUAGCUAAUGUGAUCUCCCCAUUUCCACGUAAGAUGGUGGCCCUGCCUUCAGGGAAUGUGGGAGCCAGGUGGGAGCCUUCCUGGAUGUUUAAGCUAGAAGAUUCAACAGGGAGAUUCUCCUUGGAUCAAUAUAUGUCUCUCAGUCAAAGAUGUAAAAGCACUUUUGCCUUAAAAAGAAUGUUGUUUCUAAUCUAUAGAGUAAACGUUGUCCUUCUCAUUGGAAUUCACUAUGAGUCAGAAUCAUUAGACGGACUUUUUUUUUUCCCGUAGUAAUAGUAUUUUACAGAGUCUCACAGAGCUGCAGAUCUAUUGUUCAUCUUGCAGAGUUGAGUUCACAAGUCUGAUCCUGUUAUUCCAGAUUUCUUAAAUUUGGCCAAGUUAUAACAGGAGCAGUAGCUUGAGACCCGAAGUCAGGAAACUUUGACAAUGGAUUUUUUUUUUUUUAAUCCAGAGACUUGUUGUACUGGAAUUUGCCUUACCCUGUCAGCUCAUGGACUUAAGGUUUCAUCCCGCUUUAUGAAUGCACCCGAAUCCAAGUCAUUGUUACCCGAAUUUGCAAAUUAAGUUGUGAUAUUCGUGACUGUUAAAUUCCUGUAAUUAGAUUAACCUGUUUGCUUGCUUGUUUGUUUUCUCUCCUAUUUUAGCUUAAAGUAUCAGUGGUUGAGAAGAGCUUUUCGGACGUGUUACUCCCCCAAGCUGUGUAAUAUACUUGUAUAACAGAAAUACCUUCUAUACAAACCUUUUUUUCUACUUUUAGAUAGAAAUGUCUACUUUUUCAGCAGUUCUGUGAAUUAAAGAGCAGAGUGACUGUGGGUCUGGAAUGGCUGGUGUACUUGGGAAUGUAUUAUCAGGAUUAUACAGCAAUGCUGGGAAACGACAGGGAAAAUGACAGGAAUGAAUCUCACCAGAUUUUUUAUGUACUCAGCAGAGCCUUGAGUUACGGUGUUUAUUUUCCAAUCAAGUGAAGAUAUCUCCUACUGGAACAUCUCAGCUUCUGCAGUGAAGAAAAAUUCCUGUGAUAGUUCAGUUCUUUAGUUUUUCUAUUUGAAAAAAAAAAAAAAAUCAUUUAAAUGAUCCUUUGUUCACGGCUCUCCUUAAUGACUGAGUGAACAGUUCCUAUCUGUAUAUUUGACUAAACCUUUUCCUAAGCUAUCUCUCAUGGUUCCUAUGUUUUUUUAUCAUAAUUAAAAGCAAAACCAUCUGGAUCACCUAACAGUCAGAGGUCAGUAUCUCAGCGUGUGAAUUACAGAGUAAAUACAGAGAGAACCUCUUCCACUUUUACUUUUCGUCCAAAUAAAAUGCAUGGUGUACCAGAAGUUGAAGAUCGGGUUGAGGAUUGGGGCUAGCUCGAUGACACUAAGGCCUCGACAUCGCGGGACCUGCUGUGGCGUGGAUUCUUAGGAACGUGGUUCUAGCCGGUCCCCUCUCCAGGGGUCGCCAUGGCCGGCAUUACUUCCUAGUUCUUCUUGUAACCCUGAGGUGCCAGCACGGGGAGGGAGGAGGGAUCAGGGGGCUGAGGAUGCAACCUCUGACGUUUUGCGCCUUCCUAGGAGAGUCUUACAUGUGUUGAGAUUUCACAAGCAAUGCGAGUUGUAAAAUACCAGCUCUACAAGAAGCUAGGCUCUGUGACAGCAUAGUUCUCAGUAGCUUUAUCACAAUAUUCACAAUGGAGAAUUAUAUGACAUGGUAGCAGAAAUAGGCCCUUUUAUGUGUUGCUUCUAUUUUACCUCAAAUUGUAGAUAUAGGGUAAUCAAUAAAAUCCAUCCAUGCCUUUCA